UUUACGUUCAUACAGUCGAAGUGUUGAGAAGUGUUCUUAGCUUAUCGCGGAAACGCGUUUUCUCACCACGCACAAAAUACAAGCAAUCAACAACGAUUACCACCAAAUAAAAAAGACGUGUUGUUUUCAUAACGAACUACAAAUUGAGUUGAAUUGAACUGAUUUAGAAAAAUUUUGUUUUAUAAGUUUUGCAAUAUUUUCUUCAAAGAAAAGUUAUCGGAAAAUUAAAAAAUAAGUGAAAAUUUUUCCUUACUAACUAACAAGGAACAAAACGCCACGGUCGUUUUGUAUUGCAAAAAAUAAGUAAAAAUUGAUCGAUUUGUAAUUGAAGUUAAACAAGUUUCCUUUAUGGGAAAAGAAAAAGUGUGAAAAAAUUGUUUUCUCAACCAAACCAAAGCAAAACAAAAGCAAAUCCCACAAAUCAGUCAAGCCAAAUAUAACGAAAAAUUUAAAAAAAUACACUUCGUCGUAUGCGUAUAAAAUUCAAAUGAAAAAAAUCAAAACUGGUGUUUGAAAAAAAAAAAAAAAACAAGGAAAAUAUUCCAAAACUAUUUGAGUGUGAAUAAAUUCAUUUAUGUGGUCAAUAUGCAUUCAUUGUACACGAUUGAGUCUUUAAUGUGUGCCCAUAUAAAUCAAGAAGAAGAAGCAAAAAAUUUACAACAACCCCAAGAAAUUGCUAAAAAAUCCCCCAAAAAGGAAAACCCUUUGAAAAACUGUCACAAAAAGUUGUACAAAGCUUUGAAGGAAAAAUACGAUAAUUCCACCAAGAAAGCUCUCAAACAGUAACAAAGACUAGCUGUUGAAAAUCCCAACAUAAGUGACAUUUUAUUGAAGUUUAUUGCAAAUAAAAAAGUCAAUAACUUAUCAAAAGACUGUUAAUACAACGAAUUUUGAAAAUAGAAAACUACGCUUAAGAAAAGUCAUUACUCUCAAAAGUUUUCUAAACUAAAUACCACAACGAAUUAGAAAUAUUUUGCAAAAUCUAUGCAAGAAAAGUGAAAUUAUAACAUUUCAGUUUGCCAAACAAAACCAAAAAAAAGAAAGUAUUUUUGCUAAAAAAAAACCCUAAGAAGGAAAAAAUUAAAAAUCAAGCACGUUUCCUCUAAAGGCCAUUAUUUGUGCUAAAACGAAAUCAAUUAGCUAGAAAACUAGUCACAACAAUCUUACAAAAAAGAAACGUGAAACUCUUCAUUAACGUUGUCGAAAUCGUUAUCGUUAUCUCUUCAUUCAUUUUAACACCCACAACGACUGCCCUUAUUUUCAAACAUGUUGAAUAAAUAUUUAAACAAAAUUUCCAAUGCUGUACAGCAUAAAAACAAAGAAAAUCUCAAAAAUCAUCAUCACAACGAUUGUGCAGAAAAUUAUUACUCCUCCUCGCUGCCAGUGCCUGCUGCUGCCCAUAUUAACAAUCAACAAGCUCGCAAUUUGGAAUAUGAACGUGCCAUAGCGGCUUCAUAUGCCGCCUUGUCUUCUACCCCCAAGAAGAAGAAGCCCAAAAUUAAUGUUCACAAUACCAAUAAUACCAAAACUUGCCUUAGCUCCAAUGAACUGGCCAUUAUUAUUAAGGGUAGCGAAUCAUCAUCAUCAUCGUCGAAUAAGCACCACACUCUCAAGGAAUCGCCUCAUCAUAAUAUUUAUGCCUGUACUCCAACUUUAAGGGAAACAAAAAGUUCCUUGACGCUGCAUUUAUCCACCUCACCAUCGUCGGGCAUAUAUUCCAAUGUUUCCUCAUCAUAUGGCUCGGCAAGUGGUUCUAUGCAGGCAGCAUCAUCACCCUCACCAUCUGCGUCCUCAUCAUCGGCGGCUUCAUCUUCCUCCUCCUCCUCAACAGAAUCUUUAAAUUCAUCGGCAGCCAGCGAAACUCCAUACUCAUCGAAUGUCUCAACACCCUCAUCAUUACCUUCCGGCAAUCCUGUAUGGCCAGUGUCCCAGAGACUUCAUUUGCCUCAUGAAUUGGCAAUGCUGCGCAUAAGAAUGUGGAUAUUUCCAUGGUUUCACGGCAAUCUUUCUGGCAAAGAAGGUGAAAAAUUGUUAUUGGAACGUGGAAAGAAUGGUUCAUUUCUGGUGCGUGAAUCACAAUCGAAACCAGGCGAUUUUGUUUUAUCCGUAAGGACGGACGAAAAAGUUACUCAUGUCAUGAUACGUUGGCAGGAUAACAAAUACGAUGUUGGCGGAGGUGAACCAUUCAAGACUCUAUCCGAAUUAAUUGAACACUACAAACGUAAUCCAAUGGUGGAGACCUGUGGUACGGUUGUCCAUCUGCGACAGCCAUUUAAUGCUACACGCAUCACUGCAGCUGGCAUCAAUGCCCGAGUGGAGCAAUUGGUUAAGGGUGGCUUUUGGGAAGAAUUUGAAGCUUUACAACAAGACAGUCGUGAUAUGUUCUCUCGCAUUGAAGGCUACAAAGCGGAGAAUCGCAAUAAAAAUCGUUAUAGAAACAUUUUACCAUAUGAUCACACCCGUGUCAAAUUAAAUGAUGUCGAUCACAGCAUAUCGGGCGCUGAAUAUAUCAAUGCCAAUUAUAUACGCUUACCCACCGAUGGUGAACAGAACAACAUGAAUGCUUCACAAGAAAGCCUAAACGCCAUGGUUCCCUCCUGUCCGGCCUGUACAGCUGCUCAAAUUCAAAAGAAUUGUCCCAACUGCCAGUUGUUGAACAAAACCUGUGUCCAGUGUGCGGUGAAGACAGCAACGCUGCCCUAUAGCAAUUGUGCUACAUGCAACAAAAAGGCCGACAAUUUGAAUAAGCACAAACGCAGUGAAUCAUUAACCAAUAAUGCUUUAAUUGCCAAUUGCAAUGGCUUAUCCCUGCAGCAGCAACAACAACGUACGGGAGGAGUAGCUGGAACAUCGGCUGCCAAUGGUGGCAGUAGUGGUAGCGGUGUCAUUGGUUCUUCACGUCCCCUCAACAAAAAGAACAGCAAUGAUCUGACGGAACGUGAAAUGUUCAAAACCUACAUAGCCACCCAGGGUUGUUUGUCCAAUACGGUGGCAGAUUUCUGGAAUAUGAUAUGGCAGGAGAAUACACGUGUCAUUGUGAUGACAACCAAAGAAUUUGAACGUGGCAAAAAUAAAUGUGCCAAAUAUUGGCCCGACGAGGGACAAACCAAACAAUUCGGACCUGCCAAAAUUCAAUGUAUCUCAGAGAGUUCCACAAGUGAUUAUACGCUAAGGGAAUUCCUGUUCUCAUGGCGUGACCAGCCAGAGCGACGUAUAUUCCAUUAUCAUUUUCAAGUGUGGCCCGAUCAUGGGGUGCCUGCGGAUCCUGGAUGUGUAUUGAAUUUCUUGCAAGAUGUCAAUGCCAAACAGGGACAGAUAAUACAUUCGGGUGAUAAGCCGGGUCCCAUAUGUGUACAUUGUUCUGCAGGCAUUGGUCGUACUGGCACUUUUAUAGUGAUUGAUAUGAUUUUGGAUCAAAUUGAUAAGAAUGGUUUGGAUACUGAAAUCGAUAUUCAACGCACAAUACAAAUGGUACGAGCCCAACGUUCUGGUCUAGUACAAACUGAGGCCCAGUAUAAAUUCGUUUAUUAUGCUGUCCAACAUUACAUACAAACGGUGAUACAACGCAAAAGGGCCGAGGAACAAAGUAUACAAGUUGGACGGGAAUAUACCAAUAUAAAAUAUACCGGUGAAAUUGGUAAUGAAGCACAAAGAUCUCCCUUACCACCUAUUGUAAGUUUAGCUAGUAAACAGCAGCAACAACAGCAGCAGGCCAAUGCCUCAGCAACAAGUUGUAGCAAUAAUAGUAGUAGCAGCAUUAGUAAUGCUGCCGACAACAAUCAAGCAUCGAAAUCAAAUUUUAUUAAAAUGCCCUUGGCAUCACCCACAACACCAAGCAGCCGUCAUAAAUUUACGCAGGCACCAUCGACACAGCCACAGCCGAUCUAUAGCAACGACAUAUUUCAAAUAACACAAAAACACAUCGAAGCCCAUCAUAAUGCAAGCCAAAAUCAUCAUCAUCAUCAUGGUCCACAACAGUCGCCCCAAAUGGUGGUGGGGCAUCAGCAAACACAAGCUCAGCAAUUGGUACACCAGCAUACACAACAAGCCUCGUCGUCAUCAUCAUCCUCAUCAUCAGCAGCAGCAGGAUUAGCAGGAGCAACGACGGCGUCGUCGGCGGGUACAGGUAAGCAGGUCUCGUCACGACCCGGUUUGCUCAAAUUGUUGACUCCCGUCAUUUUUCAGCCUACGAAAACUUUUCCAAAGACAUGAUGAGGCAUCAUUUUGCGGUGCCUCCCCCUACACCGCCUCGUAAAACAUGACAAUUAAAGUUUUAAUGCUAUUUUCUUUGUAAAAUUUGAUUGAUUUCCUCAAAAAACUACCUACAUACUCCUUGGAAAGUAAACUCUCUCUCCUCUUGUAGGCUUUCCCCCCAAAAAACCUGCUAACAAAUCAAAAACAAACCAGAAACCUAUUGCAUAUUGUAUUUUUAAUGAGGAAAACAAUUUUCCGCCACUUGAAUUGAUUGAUUGAGUGUUGUGUCUAAUUUUAAAAUUUUGCAAAGUAAUCUACGUUUCUUGUUUUCAUAUGCGGCGGUAGUAGCAUUUUUUUGUUAGAAUUUAAAAGAAAAAAACACACCUAAUUCUGCCUCCCCCUACUGCUGGGUAAUGCAAACUUUUUUGUUUUGCCAGCUUCUUUUGUUGAGAUAAGAAAUCUUUGACACAUAGAGAGACUUUAUAAGUUUUAUUUUUUUAAGUUAACAUUUGCAUAACUAUUUCUUUUGAUAUAAGGCGAAUUCGUUUUCUGCUUCAUUGUGAUAUUCCCAAUAAUUUUUGUUUUAUAAUUUAAUAUGAAAAAAAAAAACAAAA